UACGUGUCUAGGCGUCUACGUAUCGUUGUCGAGUUCAGUUUCCUCCUUCGUCGUCUUCGAGAAUGAGAUCGACGCUGACUCGCGUCGACGGCGUUCGAUCGCUUCCCGAGAUCCGCGCGCGUAUCGAUCGCGUGCUUCCACCUUUUUGACGGAAGAAAUCAUCGAGCCAUUGGGAACAAGAAGGUGCAAGAUUGGCAACAAGUGAAGAAGAAAAUUUUUUUUAUUCAAUUUUCUUUCCCCAUUCGUAUUUAUUAGAAACGGUCGAGUUUUUUGCGAAAAAUUGUGCGCGACAAUCGAAACUUCAGAAUCUCGAGUGAAAGGAAGUUUAUGGAAAAGGAGAAACUUUACUUGGAAUCAUCAGACUUUCUAAGAAAAAGUGUCCCGAGUGACCUUGGAUUUAGCCACAUUUUAACAGGUUCCACAGCAUAUUUACCUCGCAAACCAAUGAAACAGACUCCACAACUCACACACGAGUAUCUACUCCAAUAAUUCUCUCGUUCUUCAACUUUCAAACCGUCCGACUAUAAAAUCUGAAGGCUCAAUGACAACCAUGGAGCGUGGAAUAUUACGACAGAUGUUUAUUGGAAUCGUUUGCAACCUUCUGAUCAUCGAUAGUGGAUUGAACGAAGGAUGGAGCACUCCUAUUAUACCAAAAUUCGACCAGGACGAUCCUUUGAAAGUGUCCAGCGACAAAGUGGUUUGGAUAGUGAAUUUGAUGUACGUCGGUGUUGGUCUCGGCUCAGUCGUGCCGUUUCUUUUGAUGGACAGGAUCGGUCGCAAAGGAACGCUACUAUUCGCCACGAUACCAAAGAUUGCCAGCUGGAUUUUAAUCGGCUUGGCAGCUACCGUUCAACAGCUUUACUUUGGUAGAAUACUUGCUGGCAUUGGAUGUGGAAUAACGUACGCUGUGAUGCCUAUGUACUUGGGCGAAGUUAGCAGCAAAAAGACUCGUGGACCGUUAGGUACUCUGAUGGCUGUGCUUCUAAACACGGGGAUGAUGCUAGCGUACGCGAUCGGCUUAUGGGUGUCUCGUUUCACGAUGUCCAUGAUCUCGGUCUCGAUACCCUUAAUAUUCCUCUUGACGUUUGUCUGGUUACCGGAAAGCUCCGUGUUCCUCACGAAGAAGAACAAACUAAUAUCCGCGGAGAGGACGUUGAAAUGGGCGUUAGGAAAGGACGACGUCAUGGAGGAACUGGAAGAAAUCAAACGGAUCGUAGCGACCGAGGAUCACAGCCCCGAUAGAACGUUGGGAAGAUCAUUGCGGGAGAUGUUCACUAGGCGUGAGAAUCGUCGUGCUUUUCGUAUCGCUGUGAUUGUCAUGAGCGCGUUGACGUUAACGGGGGCAGCUCCUUUGCUCGCUUAUCAAUCGUUCAUAUUCGAGGAAGCUGGCUUCGAGGUUGCAACGAACGUUAGCAUCGUGAUGACCGGAUGUGCAAUUGUAUUAGCUGGAAGCGUGUGCGUGUUGCUGGUGAGGAUGGCCGGCAAGAGAUUGCUGUUGCUGAUCUCGACGCCCAUCUGUGUGGUGUCCUUGACGAUGAUGGGAAUCUUCUUCGGGCUCCUGACGAGCGACCACGACGUCUCCAAGCUACGAUGGAUACCCAGCGUGUUCCUUGUGAUUUAUGUGCUUGGGUACGGACUCGCGUUGAACCCAAUCCCGCUGGCCUACGUAGGCGAGAUCUUUCACAUAGAUGUGAAGGUACCUGCCGCGAUAUUCUGCUCAGUCUAUUACGCCAUCGCUACCACUACAAUGGUAAAAUUCUAUCAGGUGCUGCAAGAAUCGUACGGGACGUACAUGCCAAUAUUGGUGUUCGCUGUGAUUACUUUACUUAUAUGGUUACUAAUUUAUCGAUACGUGCCAGAGACCGAAGGGAAGACCUUGGAGGAAAUACAAAUAGAAUUACGAAGAAAAUAUUGACAAUUUUUAUUGACUCGAUUCAGCCUUGUAAAUUAUUUAAUAAAGUAUAUAUGACACUCUUAAAUAAAA